UGUGUCUGUUUACUUCUCUCUGCAAUCAGAUCCUGUGUGUGAGCUUCCCACACACUUUUAAAACCUCUAUUGUGGAGAAAAUUAUAUUCAAGGAAGAAAUAAAAACUGCAGUUUUUUUGACUGAACAAAAAGUCAAGCUUAAGAAAAUAAAAAGAAAGAAAGAAUAACACUGAGAGGGUUUUGUGAACGAAUGCAGUAAAAACAAUAGAAAUCAAUGUAUUCUAAGUACCCGUACACUCCACGCACUUGCAUCCUGCAAACAUUCUCAACCCACAACAAGUUCAGCUGGAAACAUAUUUCACCAGCCAUGCAGAAGAUAUUUUCUUGUUUGUUUUGCUCCAACCAACUUCUCUUCCUUUACGAUGAGCAAAUACCUCAGUCGAGCCAAUAUAUGUCUCACUUGUUUUUUAGAUGUAACGUCAAGCGCUGGUGUCCUCUUCCUCCAUACCUGUGUGUGUGUGUGUGAGUGUACGCAGAAAAUAUACACUCAAGAUUCAGGUGUCAAGUGCGAGCAGGAAGAAAAGAACAUGAUGAGUGCAAAGAUAAGAAUGCAUCCAAUUAGAAGACAGCAAGGUGAGGAGCAACACCUUCUACAGGAGACACUGAAGGGUGGCCUCACUGCCCUGUCGGUGGCAGAAUAGAGGGUUUGGUGUUCCACUGUCAAAGAUUUCAUCGUCUUUUUUAUGUAAUUGUGUGGAUUCUAAUAUCUGUUUCGAAGGAACUUUUUUUUUUCAUCCAGCCUUCAGCUCUGUUUGAGAAGAGGAUUCCGGGAACUAAAGGUCUGAACUGCAUACCUUCAGUGAUUUAUGCGUUGAUGCUCAAUCACCUGCAGGCUGAAGAAAGUUCCUGGAACCUGAAUUUAAUUGUUGGACUGCAGCCAUAGUUACUGACAAGGAAGAUUGUGCUGCUGCUGCCGCCUGCAUGCAGAGGAACCUCUGACAGGCACUCUGCAGACCUCCCUGGAGCUUCAGCGGAGAUUAGCAGAUGUGUAGCCAGCACUCAGAGCCCCGGGCCCGGCCGUGGGGAUGGCAGCCUCUGCUCUGGAAUUGAACACCAUUGGAGUUAUGAACAGCAGUAAUCAGUUUCAGGCUCAGCCAGGCUCCUCUAGCGCCACCUCUCGAACCAGAACUAGCCCUGUCGCCCGCCCUGUGCUCCCAGUUCCAGAUCGGGGCACCUACUGCCAGUUUCUGGGUGGUGGUCUCUAUUCGCCGACAAGCCCCAAGACUAGCCCCCGAUCCUUGGGCCACGCCUUCGUCUUUCCUCCUCCCUCCUUUCUGUCACCCUCACCUCGGGCCCGCUCCCCCUCACCGCGCAGUCCAGACCGCCUCGGAGCCUACGUGGGCCAGCGAGUCCGAUGCCUGAGCGGCGAAAAUCCAGGGGAAGAGGGCGGGGAGGAGGAGAGUGGGGGGGAGGCGAGAAGAGAAGAGAAGCGAGAGGAUAUUAGACGCCAGACACAGUUGGAGCAGAUCCACAAAGAGCUCCAGAACGUCGAGGUCAGAGGGAAAGUGGGCAUAUUUGAAGCCCAUAUUUCUGGGAUUCGUGCCCAGGUGCUCAAAGGUGAGCUUCAACGCAGCCCUCGGUCUCCAAGACGAAGCCUGCUCCUUUCGGACCCCGACCAAAGUAACACAGGUCCCGAAUGUCCAGUGACCCACCUCCAAGAGGCUAAAGCUCAGUCUGUUGUUCCGAAUGGACAACAAAUGGAGGAAGGAGCGAAGGACGAAGGCGGGAAGGAAGCUAGAACAAGAACAGAAAACAAAACAUCCAUGGACCAAAACAGCUGCUGUUCAGAAACAGCAGUACAUACUCAUUCUACCGAAUAUCCCUUUGUCCAAGCGUCCCCGAACGCAUUGGAAAAAGAUAAAAUAGAUGGAGAGAUAAAAGUGGGAGAAGUACUUCAAGAAGUAAAUAUAGAAAAAGACAAAUGGGAUGUUGAAAACAAGUUCAUGUUGAAAGAUGAAAGACAACGGACAGAUGGAGAAGUAAACGAUGGAAAACAGGACAGAUUUUGCCCCAAAGUGCUGCUCCAGACAGAGGAGAAGGCAUCGGAGGCCGACCCGAAUGGCAUCGCUUUGCCUCAGGUCCACAGCACAGAGAGCUGCCCCGGCUUGCAGGACAUGUCCUCCAACCACUCCUCGUCCAUGCCUUCCUCCAUCCCCGCUGUGAUAAUAACUGACCACGGUUUGGAGAGCCUGCCUCAAGCUACAGAAAGCCCGGGCUCGGAUCGACCAUCAUCCCGCUCCACCAGCCCCGUUCCAAACACUUCAACGCGCUCGCUCAGGAAGCUGUCUUCCUCAUCUGCUUCAUCAGCUGGUUUUUCUUCUUCAUGGGAGGAGUCAGAGGACGAUAUUUCCAGUGAUCCAGAGAAAGGAGAGCGCCUUCUCAACCCUGCACUCCUAAGUUCCCAGAAAGCACACAAGUCAUGGAAAAAAAUAAAGAACAUGGUUCACUGGUCGCCCUUUGUUAUGUCCUUCAAGAAGAAAUACCCCUGGAUUCAACUGGCGGGACAUGCAGGGAGUUUCAAGGCGGGAGCAAACGGACGCAUCUUGAAGAAACACUGUGAAUGUGAGCAGCGCUGUUUGUCCCUGCUGAUGAAGGACGUGCUCCGUCCAUAUGUCCCUGGUUACCAUGGAGACGUGGAGAAGGAUGGACAGAAGUACAACCAGAUGGAAGACCUGCUGGCUGAGUUUGAUUUCCCAUGUGUGAUGGACUGUAAGAUGGGAAUAAGGACCUACCUUGAAGAAGAGCUGACCAAAGCGCGUAAGAAGCCUUCCCCAAGGCCGGAUAUGUAUCAGAAAAUGGUGGAGGUUGACCCCGAAGCCCCCACGCCAGAGGAAAACGAGAGGAAAGCUGUCACCAAGCCGAGGUACAUGCAGUGGAGAGAGACCCUGAGCUCGACAGCUACCCUGGGAUUCAGGAUAGAGGGAGUCAAGAAAGAGGACGGGACAGUCAACAGAGACUUUAAGAAGACAAAGACGAGAGAGCAGGUGACUGCAGCCUUCCGAGAAUUUGUGAAAGGAAACAAGGACAUCGUGAAACUGUACCUGAGUAGGCUAAAGGAAAUCCGAGCGAUUCUGGAAGUCUCCCCCUUCUUUAAAUCUCAUGAGGUCAUUGGCAGCUCCUUGUUAUUUGUUCACGACAACAAAGGAAGGGCCAAAGUCUGGAUGAUCGACUUUGGGAAAACCACACCUCUCCUUGAAGGAAGGGAGCUAACCCACCGAGCAGCUUGGGUUGAGGGGAACAGAGAGGAUGGCUACCUUUUAGGACUUGAUAGUUUGGUGGACAUCCUGGAAAACAUGGAAAACGCUGAGACUUGAAGUCUGAGAGCUUUUUUUUUUGUUUGUUUGUUUUUAAAUAUGAGUGAACACUUGGACACAACCACUUCCUGUAAUUCUUCAUUCCUUUAGGGAAUAUGUUGCACUUCCUGAGGGUCUCCUUCACAAACACUUGAACUCCUCUCCCCUGAAGCAUCAAAGCAUGCCUGGAUUGUUCAGAUCCAGUCAGGAGUCAUCACACAAAAAAAACUUGGAACAAAAAAUUGAAUUUUUAAUGAGAUUAAAAAGACAAAUCUUAAGAUAAACAUUUCUUACAAAGCAAUAUUUUUAAUUAAUAACUAAAGCUGAUAAUUAUUCCCCAAAAAAUCACUAUAAUUAUUAUUAAUUCCUAAAAGACACAUUUUAGUGAUCGCCCAAAAACUUAAAUAAUCAAAUUUGUCAUAUCUUUUUGUCAUAUUGGCUUUUUUUUUUAAACAUUUACAUUUUAAUUUAAAAAAAAGUCAGUCAAAUUUUCUCUUUUGGCUACAUCUUUUUUAUAAAACAAUUUAAAUGUAGAUUUAUUGCAUAUUUGAAACCAAUUUAGAGACUGUCUAAUUCAAGAAGUUGAGUAAUUUAGAUAAACCACAGGUUUAUAGUGUGUGAAAAUAAAGUCCAUAGUGCUUCUGUUGCCAAACACUUCAAAUCUUUUCUCACUUUUCUCAGACUUCCCACAAUGUUUUGUUACAUUUAACUUACGGGGUAUUUUGUUUGUUUUUGUUACAACAUUUUAGUUAAAUUCAGUGAAACACUUACAGCCAAGAACAAUCUUAUGUAAGCUAUUCAGUGCCUUGACAAUACAGAGCCAAGUCAGAAACCUUAUAAAAAUGAGUUUCCUAAUGUUACUAAGUGUUUUUCUUCCGGUGUCUAAUGUGGGUGGGUAUUUUUUUUUUUGGCUUAACAUGGGCGCAUGUUUUUUUUGUUAUACUUAUUAAUAAGUUGUAGAUGGCUUGGCCUUUAUUUAAACCGCUUUGUCUGGUGUUUUUAGUUCAUUGGAGCCUAAAAAAUGUUAAAUUUUGUGUUUUUUGUCCCUUUUUGCCCCCAAGAUUGAGUGACAGUCCAAGGACACACCAUAUGUGAAUUUGAGGAUAAUUGAUGUAAAAAGAAUAAUUAUAAUGAAUAAUUGUUCAUAUCAAGGUUAUAUAUUUGGCAAGAAUCAGGUUUAUUCGUUUAGUUUUCCAUUUAUAUGAAUUACAUAUCCUAGAGUACGAACAAAAAACCAAUCAAAAAAGAGAAUAGACAGAAGUAUAACAUGAAACUUAUUAGAUGCAAUAUCCUUAUUGUCCAAGCUGAUCAGUUUAACAAACCAAAUACUUUCAAUAAAAGUUUCAUAACAUAACAGGAUUUUGAGCAAUAAAAAGCUAAUUUCAAAAUCAAAUUCAUGGCUAUAUGUUUUAGUUGAGGUUUGCUGUGACAUUUAAUGAGGAUAAACUACGGCUUUGUGCUGUGCCUUUUGGAAGAAAGGGUCAAAUGUGUCGGGGAAACGCAUUGCUUUGUCAUGUAAAAAUACAAUGUGCUAACUAACCCUUUAAGAUCACCCACCUUAAUGAGAUCUUCUGCUCAACUAUGUGCAUGUACAGUUCUUUAAAGGUUUGCUAGCCUGUAUAUUUAUUUGGAUUGAUCCUAUAAAAAAAGAAGAAUUUUGUGAAAUA